GCUUCCUCUCUUCUUCUCUCUUUUACCUCCUGCCACACCUCAAGUCUAUGUAUCUGUCCUUUUUUUUGAAACCAUACUAUGCCAAGUGCUGUAGGUGGGCACCCAUCUGUUUGGAAAGACCUCCAGGAUGGCUAGAUGGACCCUUGCCAGCCAUGGGACAGGUGCCAUCCCAUAAGCCUCAGGGGCCCUAGGAAGGGCCGGUGUCAACGGGCCACGUGGCCAGCCCUUGGCCAGACGAGACAGCCACAGUGGUCCACAACGGCUGAAGAGAACUGCUCAUGCCGACUGUUUAUGAAGUGGGGAAACAGUACCCAGAGCCAGAGUACCCGGAGAGACCCCUUCCAAUGUCCCAGCAUGAGACUUCUCCAACAGCACUGCGACGAGCCAGCAACCAUCGACGGGCCAAUCCCUGCUGCCUCUGCUGGUGUUGCUGCUGCAGUUGCUCAUGGAAUGAAGAUCGUGAACGGGCAUGGCGGGCAUCCCGAGACACCAAACUGGAGACCAUACCAAACUGUGAAUCUUGCGCCAAGCCGACCUCUGAGGAAGUCAAAGGUUGGUCCCAGUCAUUUGACAAGUUGAUGAAAAACCCAGCUGGCAGAAACGUGUUCCGGGAAUUCUUACGGACUGAGUACAGCGAGGAGAACAUGCUCUUUUGGCUGGCUUGCGAGGAACUCAAAAGCGAGUGUAACAAGCAUGCCAUUGAGGAGAAGGCACGGAUUAUCUAUGAAGAUUACAUCUCCAUCCUUUCGCCCAAGGAGGUCAGCUUAGACUCACGUGUGCGCGAAGGCAUCAACCACAAAAUGCAAGACCCAUCCUCACACACCUUUGACGAUGCACAGCUACAGAUCUACACACUCAUGCAUAGAGACUCCUACCCCCGUUUUCUGAACUCUGCCAUAUAUAAAGCAUUGCUCCAGAGUGUCUCUCGGUCAUCCUCAGAGUCCUAAGCAUCCUAUCCACAAAUAACCACUGGUGGUACAAAAUACAAAGUGAUGAUUCCUUUUCAUA